CAAAAGAGAUGUAUGUGAUGUUGUAUGUCUGCUCAGCAGCUUCUGUGAUGCUAACCAUCUUAGGAAACAUACUGGUGGUCAUUUCUGUCUCUCAUUUUAGGCAGCUUCACACACCAAGCAACCUCAUUGUACUUUCACUUGCAGCUGCAGAUUUUUUGGUUGGCAUUUUUUUGAUGCCCCUAAAAACAAUUCAGAUCAUUGAAGGUUGCUGGUAUUUUGGGGACACUUUUUGUUAUUUUCAUGCUUUAUUUGGCUUUCUGCUGACCUCAGUUUCUGUCAGCAAUAUGGUGUUUAUUGCUAUUGAUCGCUAUGUUGCUGUGUGUGAUCCUUUGCUUUAUGGUACUAAGAUUACAAUUCCUCUUGUACAGCUAAGCAUUACAACUAGUUGGAUAUCAUCAAUAUUAUAUGCAUGGGCAAUUUUAUUUUUCAAGGGACAUUAUUUGAGCCGUGAUGAUGGUUCUGCUUGUCUUGGUGAGUGUGUAGGGUUGUAUACUGAUGCCUGGGGAAUAGUGGACCUUAUUGUAAGUUUUAUUCUUCCUUGUACUGUAAUUGUAUGUCUGUAUGCAAAAGUUUUCAUGGUUGCGAGGAGACAUUCAAAAGUAAUGAACUUGGCAAAUCAGCAUAUAUUUGUAAAAGAUGCAGACCAAAACAAAAUACCUAAAAAAUCUGAAAGAAAAGCUGCCAAAACAUUAGGAAUUGUAAUAUCUGUGUUUCUUCUCUUUUGGGUGCCUUUCUAUUUGUGUGCAAUUAUUAAUGCAUAUACUGAUGUGGUUGUAUCUGAUGCAAUUAUUAAUAGUUUUAUAUGGCUAGCAUAUUUAAACUCUGGCAUGAACCCAAUUAUAUACGCCUUGUUUUAUCCUUGGUUUCAGAAAUCUGCUAAACUCAUUAUGUCAUUAAAAAUAUGUAGCCCUGAAUCCUCAAUAAUGAAUUUAUUCUCUGUGAACCACUAA